AUGAGAUAUAUGCUCCCGGUGGUAUUUGGGUUGCUGAGACUCUUGGUGACCGUUACCAGUACCCGGCCCAAGAUGAGGUCUGCUUUGUUGCUGGCAUUGCCCCUCAAUACAUUCGUUCUGCCCAACGUUUCAGGCUUGUUCUUGAUGGAAGAGUCAACACUUAACUAUUGCAGGUACACAAGACGGGAGAGAUUUGGUAAUCUAAUCAGAGUGAAUGGGAGCUUCAAUCCACAAUCGCAUCCAUCACGGUGUCUCAACAUUCGGAGGCCAGUAUUUGAUUAUCAGAAUACAAAUGGUACGAGGGCUUCUCUAGCCAUUAAUAUUUGGCCACUCGAGCGACAGAAACGAUUAGCCGACGGCUCUAACACCACAGAUUGGAAAGCCCCAGCCGAAGUAGGGCCACAACCCCUUAUCGUCCAUCACUCAGAUUGGUAUUCCGGCGAUGUGGCUGACUUUGGGAGUUACAUAAAUGCUGCAUUCCGUUCGUCUCGCAAAAAUGAAGCCUAUCUAUUUAUGACGAACGAGUAUGUGCUGAUCGACUAUGCUCCUGCCACUACAAACGACAAGGUACUGAAAGGACCACUUCUUAUCUGCGAUGGGUUUCCAUCCCUCACGGGCACAGCCUUUGCAGAACAUGGUAUAGAUUGUGCUUUUGCGUCUCAUAAUGGGAAUGAAGCCUUCAUCUUCUCUGGGAAUCUCUGCGCACUGAUUGACUACGCACCAGUCACCAAAAAUGACAAGAUAAUCAAAGGCCCGAUGACCAUCCGUGCCAUGUUCCCCUUCUUCAAAGGGACGGUGUUUGAAAGCGGCAUAGACGCCGCGUUUGAGUCAACGAGAAAAUAUGAAGCUUACCUCUUCAGAGACAAGAAGUAUGAUCAUAUAAACUACGGUUCUGGUAGUGCCCGUCUGAUCCACCUCCAGCUCAUCACUGACGGCUUUCAUGGUUUGAGAAACACCAUCUUUGCAAGCGGAAUCGAGGCAGCGUUUGCUUCGCACAGGACUAAAGAGGCAUACCUAUUCAAAGGAGAUUCCUACGCACUCAUCAACUUUGCUCCUGGAACCACUAAUGACUACAUCAUCGGUGGCGUCAAGAAGAUCCUUCCCAAUUGGCCCUCUCUGGAGUCUCUGCGACCCAUCUUGCCUCGCAAAAACCGUGGACUUGACGUUCACGAUCACUCUAGCCGUGUUGAUGAUGGUGACCGUGACCAAGAUCAUGAUGAACUCUAAGACUUCAGCCCCAUAUUCACGUGCCAAACCGAGUGUGCCUGCAUGAAUAAGGGUUUGGCUGAUCUGUUUCCCUACUAUGUUUGGAAUAAAUUUUUUUUUUUUUUUGGCAGAGACUAUGUUUGGAAUAAUUAAGGGCCUCUGUGUUUGUUUUUAGUUUCUGGGUUUCGUGUGUUGUGCCUUUGGGCUUGCUGUAUUGUAAAUAUUAAUAAAGUCAUGAGACUAUUUACCGCUGA